AUGGCGAGCGGUGAGACCGAGCGCUACCUGUGUCCCAGCGAGGAUGGCGAGCGGAGAGACCGAGCGCUACCUGUGUCCCAGCGAGGAAGGCGAGCGGUGAGACCGAGCGCUACCCGUGUCCCAGUGAGGAUGGUGAGCGGUGAGAAUGAGAUCUACCUGUGUCCCAGCGAGGAUGUGCACUGCGAUCUUCAGGAUGACCGUUUCGCCCUCAUCUUCACCCUGGCCUCCUUCGCCCUCAGCUUCAUGACCCUCCCCUGCGGCUUCCUGUUCGACUCCUUCGGUACCAUGGUAACACGAUUCCUGGCCAUAUCCCUGUACAUCGCCGCCACUCUGAUGAUCGCAUUCUCCACUGCUGCUUCUGCAGCAUUGCUGUUCCCUGCAGCCUGCAUGAUUGCAGUGGGAGGAAUCAUCAUCUACAUGACCAACAUACAGGUUGGAAACCUCUUUGGAAACAACCAGUCGACCAUCAUCACGCUAUACACGGGGGCUUUCGGAUCGUCAGCGGUGGUCUUUCUGCUCGUGAAGGUUUUGUACGAGGUGGGUUUGUCCCUGAGAUCCAUGUUCCUGUUCAUCAGCUGCUUAAGUUUCAUCCACAUCGUGAGCACUUUCUUCCUGCUCCCACGGACACGCUUUCCCCACCCUGUACCAGAGGGGUACACCUAUGGUGCGCAUCCCACCCACCGAACUAUCGGGCGUCGUUUCACGCUUGAGCAUGUCGGAGGAAAUGAGGAGCAGGUUCCCUCAUUCAGGAGCUGCAUAUUCUCAUCGUUCUUCUUCACCCACCUGCUCUGGCUGUCCAUCAUCCAGCUCCGACACUUCCUGUUCAUCGGCACCUUUAACCCCAUGCUCGCCCUGCUCGCCGACGGUGACUCCAAACAAGUCAGCAGGUUUACAAACGCAUUUGCCCUCACACAGAUGUGCAGUGUUUUCUGUGCUCCCUGGAACGGGCUAAUCAUGGACCGGCACAAACGCAAAGACAAAUCGCCAGACAUCGUCUCAGGUAAUCCAGGUAGGCUUGCUAGCAUGAGAUCGGCGAUCAUCUCUCUCGCCAUCACUGUCACCCAGGCUGUGCUGUUUGCCAUCUGCGCCGCCAUCCCAGUCCUGGAGGCCCAGUACCUGACCUUUGCCCUGCAGGUGAUCAACCGCUCGUUCCUGUACGGGGGAGACGCCGCUUUCAUCGCCGUUACGUUCCCCCAUUGUCACUUUGGGAAGGUCUAUGGGCUAGCGCAGGCUGUCUCUGCCAUUGUCUCCCUGCUCCAGUAUCCUUGUUUCACUUUCAUCCAGGGACCCUUGCAAGACAACCCAUUUUAUCUGAAUGUCGGAUUCAUCGCCCUGGUGGCCCUGGCCUACGCCCACCCCAUAAACGUCUACCUGCACUGUCGCCGGGAGGCCCAGCGGGAUGGCGCAGUGAAGCACCCCCCAGACGAUGCGCCGCGUCAGGACCACUGA